AUGGCGACCCCCGCUGCGUACCAGACCCCCGACUCGAAGAAGGAAGAAUUCCGCAAGUACUUGGAGAAGAGCGGCGUGAUUGACUCGUUGACCAAGGUCUUGGUCGGCCUGUACGAAGAAUCGGACAAGCCGCCGAAUGCCGUGGAUUACAUCAAGCGCUUCAUGGGAGCGCCGACGGGAGUCGACGUGGAAGCCAUGCGUUUGGAGAACGAAGAAUUGAAGAAGAAGAACGCCGAGUUGACAAAGGUCAUCGAAGAGCUCAACAAGCGUCUCACAGCAGAAGAAGAAGAGGAAGACGACUAA